AUGUCUAAUGGACGAUGUAAUGGACGAUCUGUACUUAUGAUACCUAUCACCAAAAUUCAGAAUAAUUGGCAAAAGUUAGGUCAGGGUCACAUUGAACCAUAUCUUUAUGACUAUCAGUUAGGCCAGGUUCACAUUGAACCAUAUCUUUAUGACUAUCAGUUAGGCCAGGGUCACAUUGAACCAUAUCUUUAUGACUAUCAGUUAGGCCAGGUUCACAUUGAACCAUAUCUUUAUGACUAUCAGUUAGGCCAGGUUCACAUUGAACCAUAUCUUUAUGACUAUCAGUUAGGCCAGGGUCACAUUGAACCAUAUCUUUAUGACUAUCAGUUAGGCCAGGUUCACAUUGAACCAUAUCUUUAUGACUAUCAGUUAGGCCAGGGUCACAUUGAACCAUAUCUUUAUGACUAUCAGUUAGGCCAGGUUCACAUUGAACCAUAUCUUUAUGACUAUCAGUUAGGCCAGGUUCACAUUGAACCAUAUCUUUAUGACUAUCAGUUAGGCCAGGUUCACAUUGAACCAUAUCUUUAUGACUAUCAGUUAGGCCAGGGUCACAUUGAACCAUAUCUUUAUGACUAUCAGUUAGGCCAGGGUCACAUUGAACCAUAUCUUUAUGACUAUCAGUUAGGCCAGGGUCACAUUGAACCAUAUCUUUAUGACUAUCAGUUAGGCCAGGGUCACAUUGAACCAUAUCUUUAUGACUAUCAGUUAGGCCAGUUAGGCCAGGGUCACAUUGAACCAUAUCUUUAUGACUAUCAGUUAGGCCAGAGUCACAUUGAACCAUAUCUUUAUGACUAUCAGUUAGGCCAGGUUCACAUUGAACCAUAUCUUUAUGACUAUCAGUUAGGCCAGGGUCACAUUGAACCAUAUCUUUAUGACUAUCAGUUAGGCCAGGUUCACAUUGAACCAUAUCUUUAUGACUAUCAGUUAGGCCAGGGUCACAUUGAACCAUAUCUUUAUGACUAUCAGUUAGGCCAGGGUCACAUUGAACCAUAUCUUUAUGACUAUUAG